AUGCGGUUGUAUAAGUUGCUAACCAUAAAAAACGAAGAGCCGCUGAUAAAAUGUUCUCUGUGUGUGAGGUCCUUCCAUGAAGGCUGUCUCACUCUCAACUGCCGCGAUAUACAGAUCAAUUCUUCCAAUCCCGUUUGCGAGUCCUGUAUCUUGGGUGAAAACCUACGAGUUGGGCAGGCAGUGAUUGCGAGAUUUAAAACAUCGUUCUACGCAGCAACAGUUGCGAGUUUGGCCGAUUACCCUAAGCACUGUGCUAAAAAAGACAAGUAUGGUAAACAUCUUGGCGAACCUGGCUAUGUUUGUGUGAAAUGGGCAGGAUGUAACAAUAUAUUCGCGCUGUUGCCAGCUAGAAGUAUUGUCCCCAUGUUUGAUGGUUCAUACGCUCUCAUUGGAAAACGCAUCUCGGAAACACCUUGUAGGGAAGCUCAUUUUGACUUUAUUCAUGUAGUUAAGCAAUGUUUAGCAUGGGAAAAAAUGGAGAGCGAGCUAUCCAUCUCUCGACCAACAUUCGAUUACGUUCCAGAGAAGUAUAUCAAAAUUAAGGCAUUAUAUCAUCCGAGUUGUCCGAAACCGCGUCUCGAUGCAUGCGAGGAAAGUGACAGUAUGUGCGAUUGCCCAGCCGGUGAGAAUGGAAGAUGUGGUCCUAACUCUAAGUGCACUAAUCGCGCUAUCUUACAGGAGUGUCCUGAGGCCUGUGAGGCGAUCGAAGGUGGUUGCAACAAUAGAGGUGUAUCUCGUAAGGAAGUCAACCCUGAUGUGGAAAUUCGUGAAGCUCCUGGAAAGGGAUUGGGAGCAUUUGCAGUAAGAGACAUUCCAAAGGUUUGUUACUAAAA